CUUGAUUACUGUUAACUUAUUGUUCCUUAUUUAAGUUGAUAGUUAAUUAUUUCCAGUUCAUUAGACAAUCAACUGUUCAACAAUCGAGUUAAAUUUGUUGUUGAACCUUAAUUUUCUCUGUUCAUCUUUCUACAUUUUUCAAUAUGUCGACUACUCGUUCUCGAAAUUAUAAGAACAACAAGGAUCUUAGUUUUAAAGAUCGUAUUCGUUUGGUUUGGCAACGAGAACGUAAAACUGCUCGUCAACAAUCAUUGGAAGGUGAAUCAAGACGUAACCUUGAUGAAUGGGAUUUGAUGGGCAGUUAUUUUGAAGAAACCACUUCUAUCGAUGACCAACCCGAAAUGGAUACAUUCAUCGAUAUAAUUGUUGAUUCUCCCUCGCAACCUUCAACUUCCUCCAUCAUUCAUCAUGAUCCACAACAACUUCAUCUACAACAACAAGAACAAGAACAGCAGCAACAACACCAACAGCAACAACAACUACAAUUUCAAUUUCAAUUUCAGCAACAGCAACAACAACAACUCACACAUACAGUCCACUUAAUGACUCCAUCGUAAUCAACAUUUCUCACUUUACACAUGCUAUUUUAAUCCCUGAGAGUUUUUUUUUUCCUGCUGAAAUCAACACAAAAAAAUUGCCUUUAUCUCAACUCCAUAUCAUCCAAUGAUUUGAGUUAAUCAGAUAACCUGAAAAAACACUCUUAUAUAUAUUCAACAAACGGUUUUCUUUUUCUACAUAACAAUUAAAUUUAUUUAAUCAUUGAUUGUAAUAAUUAUACGAAAAAAAAUUUUAAAUUCUGCAAAACUUGAAUAAUAAAAUGAAACAAAAACUGAUACAAGUUCAUCCAAGACCAUGUAAUCCUCCACCGAGACCAGUACCACCAUGUACACCCAAAUUAGCAACUCCACCGGGUGAUCCAAUGUGAUUUUUAAUUGUUAACCAUUUAAAGUACAGCGGAUCAGCAACAACAGGUUGAUAAGUUUCAAAUACCCUUUGAGAAAAACCAAUUAAAACAAUUAAUCGUUGUAAAGAUAA